CACUCCAUAAUUUCCUCAAACUCUCAUAACUUCACCCAUCAAUCUUGAAAAGAGUGAGAGAUAUGGAAGCUUCAUUUCUUUUCCAUGCACAAACAACUCUCUUCACUCUCUUAUUGUUCACCACCACAUACAUCAACUCAUGCUCAACCACCAAACCAAACACAGCCUUCAUUAAAAAGUCAUGUAACACUACAUUGUACCCACACUUAUGCUACAAAUCCCUCUCAAUCUAUGCAAACAAAAUCCAAAAAAGCCCUAAGCGGUUAGCCACCACUGCCCUCUCCAUCACCCUCUCAGCAUCCAAAUCAACCACCGCCGCCAUGAAAAAACUGUCGAAAGAUCAAGGAUUGAAGCCAAGGGAGGUUACAGCCAUGGCUGAUUGUGUUGAAGUAUUGGGCGACUCAGUGUACGAGCUCCAGAGGUCCAUGAAAGAGAUGGCUCGUGUCGAAGGAGGAGGAGGUUCCUCCUCCGACUUUGAGUUUCAAAUGAGUAAUAUUGAGACGUGGGUUAGCGCGGCGUUGACCGACGAUGAUACGUGUACGGAGGGGUUCGCCGGAAAGGCCAUGAAUGGGGUGGUUAAGACCAUGGUUCGCAGCUACAUUGUGAAAGUGGCUCAGUUGACUAGUAAUGCUUUGGCUAUUGUUAAUAAUUAUGCUGCUACACAUAAUAACCCCCAUGCAACGUCACCUUAGCUGAUAAAAAGACUGUACUAGUUAGAGUGAGUAAUGAAUCCGUAAAGUCUGUAAUUUGAUCCAGUUCAGUUUAAUUCAGUAGAUUUGGAUUGAUUUUUUGAAUUCGUGAUUCGAUUUCGGAUUGAAAAAUUAAAAAUCUGUAGUCAACGGAUCAGUUAUAGAUUGAACCCUAUGAUUCCGGAUUGGAACCGAUUCGUACCAUAUAUAAAUAGUUUAUAUUUAUAUUA